AUGCCUCUCAAAAGCAUAUCCAAUUUAUUGACGUUAUUAUUCAAGACAACAUCGAAUGAACACGGCCUCGAAAACAAUGAAAAUGGAACCCAUUGUAAAACAACUCUGUCCACUUAUUCAACUAUUCUGAAUGAUAAUGAUCAAGACGCACUCAAUGAAACGAUAACUUUUGACAAUGAGGAUAGAGUGCAAGCGUAUCAACAGCAGCAAAAGACAAUUUUCACGUGGACCUCCUCCUUCAUAAAUACAUUCAGUCCGUCUCAAACGCUACAACAUUUGUUAUGGGAUUCUGCUGCAACCUACAAGAAGAAAGCAUCGGGAGAUAUUAGCACCACCGUUGGCAAACAGAUGUGGAUAGCACAUCAGGAGCAACUAAAGUACUGGCAAGAUCAAGCAUCCGAAUUUACACCUUUUUCAGACUUUGGUAAGGAUGACUACGAGUUCCUAGAAACAGUAGGGACGGGCACUUUUGGUAGAGUUUGCUUAGUGAGACAAAAGAACCACAGUAAGAAAUAUUAUGCUAUGAAGGUCUUGAGAAAGGCAAAUAUUGUCAAGUUGAGACAAGUAGAACAUAUAAAUUCAGAAAGACAGGUGCUGUCAGAACUCAACUUUCCAUUCAUUGUCAAACUAUAUCUUACGUUUCAGGAUCAUUUAGAUCUAUUCAUGUUGCAAGAAUAUGUUAUGGGAGGGGAACUGUUUCGGCAUCUGAGAAAAGCAAGCAAAUUUGACAAUGACACCGCUCGAUUUUACGCAGCACAAAUCAUUCUCGCAAUUGAAUAUCUUCAUUCCAAAGAUAUUGUCUACAGAGACCUCAAGCCUGAGAAUAUUUUGCUCGAUCACCAAGGUUACAUUAAAAUCACAGACUUUGGCUUCGCAAAGAAAUUAAAAGACAGAACAUGGACACUGUGUGGGACGCCAGAAUACUUGGCACCAGAGAUCAUCCAGAGUAAAGGGCACAAUCUAGCCGUAGAUUGGUGGUCUCUCGGUAUAUUGAUUUACGAAAUGUUGGUAGGCUAUCCACCCUUCUACGACGAUAAUCACUUUGGUAUUUAUGAGCGUAUUUUGCGUUGCACAAUGCACUGUCCAAUCUACGUCAGUGAAGCUGCAGAAGACUUGAUCAAAAAGUUAUUGGUUAGCGAUUGGACAAAACGAUUAGGAAGUUCGAAGGAUGGAGCGACGGACAUUAAACAGCAUCAUUGGUUCAGUGUUGAGAAGAAUCCAAUAGAUUGGGUGGCAAUUUUCAACAAAACGAUCCAAGCACCGAUAAUACCACUAUGCUCAAGUGAAGAAGACACAAACAAUUUCGAAAUUCAUCCUAAUGAUAGGACUCUAUCUGGUUCAACAGCUGUACUAGACGAUGGUGAUCCUUAUCAUGAGAUGUUUAUAGAUUUCUAA